AUCUCACCUUCCUUGAGUUAGUAGACAUUUGCACUGUACAGAGACAGAUCGAGUCUUUGACUCCUGUCGCCAUUCUUUAUCCCCCAUCCAUUUAUUCACUCCUUUCAUCUGAAAACAACAAAACCAAAACCAAACAAAAACAAAACCACCAUCAAGAUGAGGUUCAAUCUCAACCUCAACCUCCUCCUCGCCCCCGCCAUCACGGCCCUCCGCUUCGCCAUGUACGUCGACCAGUACCACACCGUGGGCCUGCCGGGCACCGAAACCACCGGCGCCGUGACGCACGCCAUCAUGGCCUUUGCGCCGGCGAGCCUGUUCAACUCGGAGUCGGAGCCGACUUACAAGCCGUUCGAGAGCAUCGAGACCUUCCGCGCGCGCUUCAACCCCGGCACGAAGAUCAUGUUCGCCGUCGGCGGCUGGGGCGAUACCUCUGAGUUCGGGAAGGGCGCGAAAGACGAGGCGUCGAGACAGCGAUUUGCGAAGAACGUGGCGGCUGUUGUGAACAGGGGGGGGUUUGAUGGCGUUGACAUCGACUGGGAAUAUCCCGGCGGCAACGGCGACGACUACAAGAAAGUGCCCAACAGCGAGAAGACCAGCGAGAUUGAGACCUACCCCCAAUUCCUGGCGGCGAUCCGGUCCGCCAUCGGCAAGGACAAGCUGCUCUCGAUCGCGGUGCCGGGCAAGCGCGUCGACAUGAUCGCGUUCACGAAGGAGCAAGGGCCGAAGAUCUUCGAGUCCGUCGACAUGGUGAACGUGAUGUCGUACGACCUCAUGAACCGGCGCAACAACGUCACCGUGCACCACAGCAGCGUCGUCGACUCGUUGGACUCGGUGCACGCGUACCAGGAGGUCGGGCUGACCGGCGACAAGAUCAACCUGGGUGUGGCGUACUACGCGAAGUGGUUCACGACGAAGCCCGGGUGCGAGGAGGACCAUCCGCUGGGAUGUGAGGUCGAGCCGCUGGAGACGGCGGAUGGCGGCGAUACCGGCAAGUCCGGGGUGCUGACCUUCGAGGCGAGUACGAUGGCCGAGGCGCCGCCGAAUCUGAAGGAGAGUACGGACAUGACGUGCGGGUUUAACGCGGGGACAUUCUGUCCAAAGGGGACGUGCUGCAGUCAGUAUGGGAACUGUGGUACCGGCGACGACUUCUGCCAGACCGGGUGUCUGUCGGACUACGGCGAGUGCAAGGGUCUGUCGGUGCUGGACAGCUGGCGCAAGGCACUCAAGGACAGCACGACGGACGAGAAGGCCGGCGGGGAGUACUACUUCGACGAGCCGAACCGGCUGUUCUGGACGUGGGACACGGCGGCGACGAUUGCGCGCAAGUUCCGGGACAUCGUGGACCAGGAGAAGCUGGGCGGAGUGAUGGCGUGGAGUCUGGGCGAGGAUACGCUGGCGUGGGAGCAUGUGGAAGCGAUGAGCGAGGGAGUGAACGCGAGGAAGUAACUGGAUUCAUCU